AUGGUGAACGUAAAGAAAGGUGUCCUGAUACAAUGCGAUCCAGCAAUGCGCCAGUUAUUGGUACAUUUGGACGAACAACGGUCAUUGGGUACGAAGUUCGUUGUUAAGGAAUUAGACGAAACUCAUAUUUUCGUGGAUCGAGAAAUAGUUCCGGUUUUGGAAGCAAAGAUAGAUCAACUGAUGGAUUCACUGGCUCCAGAAUUCGAAAAAUAA